AUGAACGAGUACGAGAAGGAUCCAGGAUGGAAGUACCUACGUCUCUCCAAAGAGGAGAUGGACAAGGAGCAUAAUCAACCUUAUGACUCCAAGAAAAAUGUAUGGGUACCCGAUCCGGAAGAGGGUUACGUGGCAGCUGAGGUCAAGUCAAGGAAGGGUGACAAUGUUACUGUAAUGGUCGGCGAUAAGGAGAAAACCUUCAAAAAGGACAUACUACAAGAAAUGAAUCCUCCAAAGUUCGAGAAGACAGAGGAUAUGUCAAAUCUGACAUUCUUGAACGAUGCUUCCGUACUUCAUAAUCUCCGAUCUCGUUAUGCGUCAAUGCUCAUCUACGUAAGCAUUUUCCUGUCGAUUUGUUUUCAUUACCAUAUCGCCCUUGCAGCUUUGAGUACAACUCGCAGCGAGCUGCAAAUUUUCUCCGAAGCAUUAUUUGUUGAAAAGCAUGGUCGAUCGACUCGAUUGCGCCAUUGUUCCGAGAAGAGUUUGGCGGAUGAGAGGUUAACAAACAGUGCCCCGUUUCUAGUUUCUCCCGAGCGCGCACGCACUCUUGCACCACCCCCUCAUAUCGCUGCUGCUGAUCCAAGAAUACCUGGAGCUCUGGAGCUAAAAUGA